AUGAAUCCCGAACGGCGCGAGCAGCACUCCUCAGCGAAAGCAUCCUCCUCGCUCGGUCGUCCCCCGCCGCGUUUCCCCGACACCUUGUUCCCUGAGCAGGUUUCACAGUACGCCAGGGAGUACUGGAAAUGGCUCGACGAAGACAGCAAGAUACCACCGCACCCCGCCACCCCAGUCGACCGCAAGCAGCUCAUCAGGCAAUGCGAGGAUCAUCGAGUCCAGCUCGAGUCCUUAGCACGUCAAAAUGCUGGGGAUAUCGAAGGCAAGAAACGGUGGUACACCACGAUGGUCGGCUUUCCGAAGCACUCCAGUUCGACACCCCUUCAAGCCCUAACCCGCAUCGACUUCUCCAAGAUGUAUGUUCGUAAAGCGCACGCCGGACGGUUUCUUCUAUGCCGUGUUAUCGCCCCCUGUGUACGUAUGGUCGCCGUCCAGGUGGUGGUGGAGGAUCCCGAAGGCAUCGCUUAUCCCUUGUCAAUCUACAACUUCCCCACCGCGUUCGGCAGCCCCCUUCAUUACUUGGACACCAUCUUUCCGCGCGGCACAGUCCUGGCUAUACGUGAGCCGAUUCUGAAGCCGCCAUCCCAGGACGCGUCCGCCCACCCUUUCCUGCGUGUCGACAGCCCCGCAGACAUCGCAUUCGUCCCUGCCAAAAGCCCCCUACUCCAGGGCAUCAGAUGGAGGUCAGGCGACGUGAUCCCAGGUGCUUCCCGGCUACCAAACGCCCUCGGGGACUGGCAGCUCUGGGGCAACGAGCACUACCGAACCGGGCAGUGGUUCCCCGCGGCGCUCACGAUCUCACAUGCCCUUACGUUCACCACUGAGCGUGACCGCGAACGUGAGGCGCUCGCUCUGCGCCUGAACCGUGCCGAAGCAUAUCUGCGGCUACAGUACUACUCGGGCGCUGCCUAUGACGCACAGUGGAUCAUCACGAAGAUAGGCACGAACGACGAGUAUUCCUUCAAGGCACUCCUCCGCCUGGCGAAGGCGCGGUAUGGCAGGGGCGACUUCCGGGGUGCCGCUGAGGACUUCCUUCGUUGGAAGAACAGGCACCCCGAAGACGCCGCUGUAACCGGCUGGCUGGAUAAAUGCCGUCAGCGCAUGCACGAAGCAAAGACUGGCCAAUACGACUGGGUAUCCCUCUUCCUGACGGCCAGCGUCUCGAAGCAGAUUCGCGUCGAAGCAGCUGACUUCGUUGGUCCCUUGGAAGUCCGCUGGACGCAGGACCGGGGCCGGGGCAUGAUCGCCACACGUAACAUCAAAACGGGGGAUCUUCUGCUCGCUGCCAAACCAUUCGCCUCUGUCUAUGGUGAGGAACUCCCAGUCGACGAAGGUGUCGUCACGAUCGACCUGCUCCUGGGGUCAAGCCGCGAACGAACAGACGCGCUCCUCCUCGCCCGCAUCGUAGAGAAGAUCUACGGCAAUCCCGACCUUCACGACGCAGUGUUCGACCUGCAUGCGGGCCCCAACCUGGAGUGGACGCCUCCUCACACAUACCCGCCUCCACACCGUCCUGCUUGCGAAGUGGACCCCUUCGACCCUCAAGUCAACAUCAACAUUUCGAGGCUCGAGGCGAUAUGCACGUACAACGUCUUCUGUCCCGUCCGUCUGGACAAUCCCCGGGAGGACGAGCGGGCGAAGCCUGCCGCCCUGUACACACUCCCGUCGAUGUUUAACCACUGCUGCGUCGCGAACGCAACGUGGUACUGCAUCGGGGACCUCCUGAUCGUCCGCGCCGCAGAGCCAAUCCCUGCAGGCACGGAAGUCACCAUCCCAUACUGCGUCGAGGAGACGUACCCCGACCGCAGGGCGAUCCUGCGCAAGCACAUGAUCAAAGACUGCAGAUGCCGCCUGUGCCUGGAGGACCAGCGCGACGGCGAUGCGCGGCACCAGAAGCAGCGAAAGCUCAAGGAGAAGCUCGACAACGCGGUGUCCAUCUCCCUGGCCGAGAUGCGCACACUUGAGGAGCAGAUCGCGGCGACGUACGGCCCAGGGCGCAGUGGGCUCCGCCCGCUGAGUGCGCGCGCGCUGCACGUCGUCGCGGAGAAGCUGCGCAUGUCUACGAACCCGCACGACCUUGUCGAGGCGAUCCGGCUCGACAUGAAGGCGCUUGAGCGGUACGGGUUCGCACUCGCGCGUGGGGGACUGCUGCCUAUCGGCACCGAGCGCAUCCCGACGGCGACGUCGUUCCUAGAGCCUAUCGAGGUGAUGCUCCGCAUCGCGAACACGUAUGUUGUGCUGCGGGACGAGGCGAACGCCGCCAGCUGGCUGAAGGCUGCACUGUGGCUGACAGACAUGUCCGUCGGGGGCGGCAGGGAUCUGUUCAUGCUCCUCCACCAGGAUCUAUUGCGGCGCAUGGGCAUUUACGACUUUGCCAUUAAAGCCCUGCCACGGCAGUGA